UGCUUCCCCUCGCAAACUACCAAGUACCAAUCCUCCCUUCUCCCUCCUUUUCCCCGAACCAAAGUAACCAUGUCCACUCACUUCGACCUCCAUGGCCUCACCUCUAACCCCCCCACCAUCACCGCCACCCUUCCUUCCCCACCACUACCACUACCACCACCCUCCUCCUCCACUCCUCUCCACCGCUCCUACCCUCACCCGCCGCUCCCUCCUCCUCUCCACUUCCCUCACCACUCUCUCGCCAACAGUACCACAACCUGACACCACAAUAACAGACCGUGUUUAUAUGGACUUCUCCCUCUGUCCUAACUACUUCCGCCCUGACCGUACUCUCUCCGACACCGUAUCCUCCCUAUGUACAGAAUCCACCCCUCUCGGCCGCGUAAUCCUCGGCCUCUACGGCCGGCUAGUCCCGCUCACUGUCUCUAACUUCAAGACUAUGUGUACUUCCUCUUCAUAUAAAAACACUCUUGUUCAUAAAAUCUUCCCAGGUCAGUUUUUUCUUGCAGGACGUCAAGGAAGGAGGGAUAAAGGUGAGGUUAGAGUGCCUUUGGAGCUGGUAAGGAAUACAGAGACUGUUGAUUCUAAGGCGUUUAAGCUUACGCAUUCAAGGCCAGGGAUUGUUUCUUUGUGUUUAUCUGAGAAUGAUGAUGAGGAUGACGUUAAGCUUGAUCCUAAUUAUAGGAAUGUUGAGUUCUUGAUUACUACUGGACCUGGUCCUUCUCCUCAGUUGGAUAGUAAGAACAUUGUGUUUGGUGUUGUUCUGGAAGGACUGGAUGUUGUGACGGCCAUAGCUUCCAUCCCAACAUACAAACCAUCAGAAAGAAUCAGGCAAUUCAAUGAUUUGGCAUCAUUUCUUGGAGAUGAAAGAGCACAAAACGCUCGUUCAAGUUGGAACAGGCCCCUUAAGACUGUUUUCAUCAGUGACUGUGGAGAGCUCAAUGUGACAAAGCCUUCUCUUUCUCCUCCUAGCCUACCUUAAUUCCAUUAUUCAUUAAUUCAGGUUCCUUAAGAUACUUCCAUGUUUAUUUAUCCCGUUUUAACUUAUUAAAUGUUCAUUGAAAUGAGAUCCUUUUUCUUUUUUAUUUUUUUGGUACCAUAUGUAAUUAAAGAAUCAUGAAAUUUAAAUACCACAAAAUACAUUUAAAUUCUUGAUUAA